AUGGCUUCUUGGGAGCUGCUGGAUGAAAGAGGCGAAUCGGAGCUUCACAAGAGCCGGCUUCUCAACGUGGAGGAAAAGCCGUUCAAACGCAUCACCAAGCGAUUGUCUUCCAUCUCUGCGAUUGUCUCUAGCGCUAUUCAAUCCGACACCGCAAGCCAAAAUGGAGGCCAGACCUCGAGCAGUGCCCAGCUACAGGAAGACCUGACGUUCGAUUUUGCCGCCUUUGACAGCAGCAUUGCUCGCUUCCAAUUCCUCCAUGAUGCAAACGAGCGAGAGCGAGAGCGAUACGAAGCAGACAAGCAGCGCAUCCUUGCAGAAUGCCAGGCCGCCCGAGAAAACAAUGCGCGCCUGCGAGAGCAGUUGGAAGACGCAAAGGCAACUCUAGCACGACGGAAGAAGUUUGACGAGCUGGCGGAGAAGAUAUUGUCUAAUCGCCUGCUACGACCACGCGAAGACCAGUUUGCUGCUUUGGAGAAGCUAGAAGAGGAAUGCAAGGAGCUGGAGCGAGAAAGCGAAACAUAUAGCGGAACAUGGAAAGAGCGGAGAGAUCAGUUCAACAGAAUCAUGGAGGAGGGCAUGCUGCUAAGACGGCAGAUCAGAGACGAAAAAGAAGAAGUAGACAGGAGAGAAGGUAUGAACGAGGGCGGGGAGGACGAAGUGGAGGAACAGCGUGGCGGCCAAACACCCGGUAUUGAGCCAAGCAAUACUGGGACACCGCGUCCAGAUGGCGAUGGAAUACUGCAAGAGACGCCUCAACCAGCAAUAUCGGUGGACGGACCGACACCGUCAGCAGGCUCCCCCCGACCAGAUCGACUGCAGCUUUUAUCUACAGAUGCCGGAACAACAUCGAGAAUAGGGAGCAGGGCGUCUACAAGAGAAUUGUCACAACCUCCGCUACGAGAUGACGAUUCGGGUACCGAGACCGGAGAAGACGUUGAAAUGGACGAUUCACGGAUUGAAAGGGAUGAGGAAGAGGGCGAAGAAGACGAAGACGAAGACAAAUUGGGCGCGAGAAAUGAUGACAAGAUGGAGGUUGACAAUUAG